CUUCUCAUUCCGGUGCUGGUCGUAUCCUGGGUCAGCAACCCCGGAACAUCCCAAGGCUGGGUGCCCAGGCGUGAAGCGCGCAGAGGACCCAAGAGGAAUCAGAGAGGAUGGCCGGGGCCGGCAGCCAGCACCACCCUCAGGGCGUCGCGGGAGGAGCGGUCGCAGGGGCCAGCGCAGUUUCCCCCACUGCUGCAGGACCGGGAGAGGAUUCGUCCGACAGUGAAGCGGAGCAGGAGGGGCCCCAGAAGCUGAUCCGUAAAGUGUCCACCUCUGGACAGAUGCGGACCAAGACAAGUAUUAAGGAGGGACAACUGCUGAAGCAAACCAGCUCUUUCCAGAGGUGGAAGAAGAGAUACUUCAAGCUUCGCGGCCGUACACUUUACUACGCGAAAGACUCCAAGUCCUUGAUAUUUGAUGAAGUUGACCUCUCAGAUGCCAGUGUCGCGGAAGCAAGCACAAAAAAUGCCAACAACAGCUUUACGAUCAUCACUCCCUUCAGAAGGCUGAUGCUGUGUGCUGAGAACAGGAAAGAGAUGGAGGACUGGAUCAGCUCUCUGAAGUCCGUGCAGAGCAGAGAACCCUAUGAGGUGGCCCAGUUUAAUGUGGAACAUUUCUCAGGGAUGCAUAACUGGUACGCCUGCUCCCACGCCCGGCCCACCUUCUGUAACGUGUGCAGAGAGAGCCUCUCUGGAGUGACCUCCCAUGGCCUGUCCUGUGAAGUGUGUAAGUUCAAGGCUCAUAAAAGAUGUGCAGUGAGGGCAACAAACAACUGCAAAUGGACCACGCUGGCCUCCAUUGGGAAGGACAUCAUAGAGGACGAGGAUGGUGUUGCCAUGCCUCACCAGUGGCUCGAAGGCAACUUGCCUGUGAGUGCCAAGUGUGCAGUCUGUGACAAAACCUGUGGCAGUGUGCUUCGCCUGCAAGAUUGGAAAUGCCUUUGGUGUAAGACAAUGGUGCACACUGCCUGCAAAGACGUGUACCAUCCUGUCUGUCCACUGGGCCAGUGUAAAGUCUCCAUCAUACCUCCGAUUGCACUAAAUAGCACAGACUCUGAUGGUUUCUGUCGAGCAACCUUUUCGUUCUGUGUCAGCCCUCUCUUGGUGUUCGUCAACUCUAAGAGCGGAGAUAAUCAGGGAGUGAAAUUCCUUCGUCGCUUUAAACAGUUGCUCAACCCGGCUCAGGUGUUUGAUUUAAUGAACGGAGGGCCUUAUUUAGGCUUGAGAUUGUUUCAGAAGUUUGACAACUUCCGGAUCCUUGUCUGUGGAGGAGACGGCAGUGUAGGCUGGGUCUUGUCCGAGAUUGAUAAACUGAACUUGCAUAAACAGUGCCAGCUUGGGGUGCUUCCCUUGGGUACGGGCAAUGACCUUGCUCGAGUUCUUGGCUGGGGAGGUUCAUAUGAUGAUGACACCCAACUUCCUCAGAUACUAGAGAAGCUGGAACGAGCCAGUACCAAAAUGCUGGACAGGUGGAGUAUAAUGACCUAUGAGCUCAAAUUGCCAGCAAAGGCGUCUCUACUUCCUGAACCCGCAGUAGCGACUGAAGAAUUUUACAUGACAAUUUAUGAAGACUCCGUUGCAAAUCAUCUUACGAAAAUCGUCAACUCUGAUGAGCAUGCGGUGGUCAUAUCGUCUGCCAAGAUACUCUGUGAAACCGUGAAGGACUUCGUUGCCAAAGUGGAGAAGGCACAGGACAGAACACUGGAAAAUACAGUAGUAGCCGAAGCCGUGGCCAGUAAAUGCUCAGUCCUAAACGAGAAGCUUGAGCAGCUGCUACAAGCCCUGCACGCGGACUCUCAGGCCAGUCGAGUUCCCCCAGGGGUCGGCCCUGCCAUCCCCGAAGAGGACACCAUGGAGUCCGCCAGUGAUGAGUCCUUGGGUGAAAGCAAGGACCAGCUCACGAAUGACAUUGGGAAACCCUCCUCCCAGAAAGCCGUGAAGCCCCGGGAGAUAAUGCUGCGCGCCAACAGUCUAAAGAAAGCGGUGAGGCAAGUCAUUGAAGAAGCUGGAAAAGUUAUGGAUGAGCCAGCAGUGCAGCCCUGUGAGCCAGUCAGUCCGUCUUGUGACUAUGAUGCAGAAGCAGAUGAAGCUAAAGAGGAUGACACGAAAGAGUCGCCAUCAGCCAAAACCACAUCUCAGUCUCCUGAUGCCCAGGCAAGUCGUGGCCAUCCCCAAACUGAUUCUGUCGCUGGUCCAGCCAUGGCCACCACCAAAGAAAACCUCCCAGUGCUCAACACUAGAAUCAUCUGCCCAGGUUUGAGAGCAGGACUUGCUGCCUCCAUUGCUGGGAGUUCUAUCAUCAACAAAAUGUUGCUGGCGAACAUCGAUCCUUUCGGUGCAACACCGUUUAUUGACCCAGAUCUAGAUUCACUAGAUGGAUACUCUGAAAAAUGUGUCAUGAACAACUACUUUGGGAUUGGAUUAGAUGCAAAAAUUUCAUUAGAAUUUAAUAAUAAGAGAGAGGAGCACCCUGAAAAAUGCAGAAGUCGAACUAAAAACUUGAUGUGGUAUGGAGUCCUUGGGACCCGGGAGUUAUUACAGAGAUCAUACAAGAAUCUGGAACAAAGGGUUCAACUUGAGUGUGAUGGGCAGUAUAUUCCUCUUCCCAGUCUACAAGGCAUAGCAGUGCUGAACAUCCCUAGCUACGCGGGAGGCACCAACUUCUGGGGCGGAACCAAAGAGGACGAUAUAUUUGCUGCGCCAUCCUUUGAUGACAAGAUUCUAGAAGUUGUCGCAGUGUUUGACAGCGUGCAGAUGGCCGUAUCAAGGGUCAUUAAAUUGCAGCAUCACCGGAUAGCACAGUGCCGUACGGUAAAAAUCACUAUAUUUGGUGAUGAGGGGGUCCCAGUGCAAGUGGAUGGUGAAGCAUGGGUCCAGCCUCCAGGGAUCAUCAAGAUUGUGCACAAAAACAGAGCUCAGAUGCUAACCAGAGACAGGGCCUUUGAAAGCACCCUGAAGUCUUGGGAAGACAAGCAGAAGUGUGACUCUGGGAAGCCAGUUCUUCGAACCAACCUGUAUAUCCAUCCUGCCCCUGACCUGGCAACAGAGGAAGUGUCACAGAUGCGGCUCUGCUCCCAGGCUGCGGAGGAACUCAUCACUAGGAUUUGUGACGCAGCCACGAUUCACUGUCUCCUGGAGCAGGAGCUGGCGCACGCAGUGAAUGCCUGUUCACACGCCCUGAACAAAGCCAACCCACGCUUCCCGGAGAGCCUUACGAGAGACACUGCCACCGAGAUAGCCAUCAACGUCAAGGCGCUCUAUAAUGAGACAGAGGCUUUGCUAGUUGGCAGGGUCCCUUUGCACUUGGAAUCUCCUCACGAAGAGCGGGUGUCCAGUGCCUUACACUCUGUGGAGAUGGAGCUUCAGAAGUUAACGGAGAUCCCCUGGCUUUAUUACAUCCUCCGCCCCAGUGAGGACGAGGAGCCUCCUCUGGAUUGUACCAAAAGAAACAACAAAAGCACAGUCUUUCGCAUAGUGCCAAAGUUUAAAAAGGAAAAGGCUCAGAAACAGAAAACAAGUUCACAGCCUGUUCAGAAUUGGGGCACAGAGGAAGUUGCUGCUUGGCUGGAUCUGCUCAAUUUGGGAGAGUACAAAGAAAUCUUCAUCCGUCAUGACGUCAGAGGGGCUGAACUUUUGCAUCUGGAAAGACGAGAUCUUAAGGACCUGGGGAUUCCGAAAGUGGGUCAUAUGAAGCGAAUUCUCCAGGGAAUUAAGGAGCUUGAACGGAACCCUCCCAACUUGGUCUGAGGUGUGGUCACACUGGUGCUAUUUCUGGGAAGAGAAGUCCUCACUCACCGCUCAAUACAGAGUCCUUGGAAGCCUCUGGCUGUUCUUGUGAUUUACGGCACAGAUAAGCACCUCUGAAGCACCUCUCGUGACUGAUAUUUUGCUGUGGGGGAAAGUUUUGAUUUGAGGUAUUAGAAAAUAAGUUUUGUGCCAAAAAAAAGACCAUUCCACAAAAGCCAUGUUCUCAUUGUGCAAACCUGACGGGCAAAAAAAAAAAAAAAUGUUCACCGUAGUGGAAGAAGGAUCAGACAUGAUUGCCUUGUCUAAAAGGUGGACUCGCUUGCCCAUCGUCCAGUGAGUGUCUUUAGAUCUGGGCCCACAGGAGGUUCCUAUGUGUGCCUGCAGCUGUGUUUACAGUGUGCAGCUGGAACGUCUUAGGCUUCGUAGUGAAGUCGUUGGCUCCUCUCUAGAAGCCGCUGGUUAGGAGAUAAAGAUAGGGGUUGUCCUUUUUCAGUUUUUCGCCCUACGUUCCCAGUAUCCACUGGUCAAAAAAUACGGUGGAACCAACCCAUCACUCACUAUGACUGAUGCGAAUCUGAUGCACGAUGUUCCUUGCCUGAGUUGUCUUUCUUUUUCUUGCAUGUUAUAUAUAUUAUUGUAAUAUUUCUAUAGCUUUAAUGUUUAUUAUAAUGAAAUUUAAUUUAUUACCACCCAGCUACCCAAGCACUUUUUGGUUGGUUAAGGGCACUUUGGAGUAAAUCUUCCGCACCUAAGAGUCUGGGAAUGUUCGUCUGUGCCAUGAUCAACAAGUGAUAUACAUCUUAUGCAAACCAAACUCUUUGCCUGUCCCAAACUACAGGUGUGCACAUAAGGAGAAUUAUUGGGCGUUUUCAUAACCCUCCUUGUUCUGUCAGCUACGAAAUGUAUUCCAGCUUUCCAAACCCAAAUUCCCACAUUUUGUCCCCCCCCUUUUUUUUUCAUUUCAGUUUAAUAACCAUUUUGAGUUUCUGCUUGCACUUGUAAGACUUGACAUCCAGAAAUUUUUCAAGGUCUUGGCUGAGAUUCCUAGCCUACGUUCUGGGGACUAGCUGAGGUUAUUGCUGACAGGAACUCACCAAUAGAAGGAAUUUCAUUUUGUUUCUUAAGGGCUUUUUGUAUUACUAUCUCACAUUUUGAUAGUCUAUCCGGUUAGAUAUUAUUUCCCUUUUUUAAAAACCAUUGUGUGUCAGUGUCAUUCAAUAGAAUCAUCAAGUAUUUGAAAGCCAAAGGUAUACAUGUCAAAAAAGUUUAAAAAAAAAAAAAGGAAAAAAAUCUGUUUUCUGGUCAUUAUAUGCCAAAAGUCACCUUAAUAUAUAAUAUUUGAAAGUUGUGUAUAUAAGAGAAGCAAGGAGGGUUGCUGACCCAGAGGAGGUGGUUUUGAUAGUGUAACCUGCUAGGUACUCAGUAGAUGAACAUACCCAUACAUGUGCACACACGUGUCAUGCUCCUUUUACCUGCACGCUUGCACUUACUGACAUACAUUGUCUUGACAUACAGUAUCCCUGCUACUUUCUAGACAAUCAUUUGCCCAAUGCUUAGUGUUUCAUUUUUACUUGGGUAUUUACUAGAAAAAAAAAUCCCAAAAUUGAAAUACCUUAAAAAUAAAUGAAGGCCCAGCAUGAAGUUCAGUGGCAGUGUUUGCUUAGGACAGGCAAGGGGCUUGGCUCCACCCAUAACAGGGCGAAAAAACAAAAGGAUCAACAGACAAGCCCAGUGCGUUCCUGACCAUAUAAGUAUGUCUUAUAUUUUACCUAGGUUGUGCACAAUGGACACUUUCCAAAGAUAAUUACUAUUGAGGCUUUUGAGCUAAUAAUGAACCAGUCGCUUAGUAGUUUCAAUGUUAAGCUUCACACCUGUGAAGCCCCUGUUGUAUACCACCUGGUGGGUACCUUGCCAACUUUUCCUGUGAAGCCAGAUCAACCCAGAGCUCCCCCCCCCCAAGAUUAUUGUUCAAGAAAAAGGAGUGGGGGUGGGGAGAGGACUCCAGUCUAUAAAGAGUGUAUUCACACAUUAUUGAGUUUUCAUCUUCCCCCAAAUACAUCACUGUCAACAGAAAAGACAUUCUAAUGGCUGCUGCCCCAGGGGUGCACAGUGAUUGGCUGGUUUUUGUUUGGUAAUCUUUUCAGUUCCUGCUGGUACCUUUUGAAUAUUCUGACUCAUGAAAUCCUGGACUCAUGAAAACUUUCAGUGGCAUAGCUUAGGGAUGACGGGGAUUCUCUAAUAUGACAGUUUGGAUGAAUGAUUUUGUCCAGUGUGAACAUUUCUCUCUCCAACCCAUGCCUUCAUGAGUCUGGGUCCAGUGAGUUCCAACACCGGGCGCACAGGAGUGUGCUCCCGUGACUCCUUCCAUCUCUGCUAGUGUCACAGAGAAGCUCUUACCCUAUGUGAGGUUUCAGAAGGGGGUCCUCACUAGGAUCCAGCCACAUCCGCCUAAGCGGAGAGAUAUGCUCGGGUGUGCACCCGACUGUAGCUGACUCUGCUGUCCUCCAAAGCAUUUCCUGUGUACUCCCCCCAGCCCAGGAAGGGAACAGAACUGGGUGUUCUCCAGGUGACUAUGCAGUUCUCAUCUGUGUCUACGCACAUCCUCACCGUCCUAUCAGUUAACCCAUGGCACAAUGUCAGAGGGGAUUCAAUCAAUUUUCAGUUUGCUAGACAGUUGAAAUAAAUUGAUGGGUUGGUUGGCUCAUUUGGAGACACUGCUGUGGUUGAGAAGAUGGAAACAGCGGAUGUCCAGACCAGAUCUGUACUGUCUGGCGUUUUAGCCACUGGACACCUAUGGCUAUUAAAUUGAAGUUUAUUCUUGCCCCAAGUUCUAUUUUUAGUUCAGUUGCACUACCUACACUUUGAGUGCCCUGUAACCACAAAUGUAGAGCAUUUCCACCAUCACAAAAAAUUUUCACUUGACAGUGUCACUGCUGCUAAGUCUGUGGUCCGUGGGCCAUCCAUCAGUCAGCAUCCAUGUUAUCUGGAAGCCUACAGCAAUGCACACUGUUGGAGCUGACACGCUGGCUCAGCAGGUCUGGCAACGGGUUUGACACCAGAUGCCAUAUACAAGUGGAAAGAGAAACACUUGUGGACUUGUCCUCUGACCUCCAUCUUCCCACCAUGGCGCCCUCACCCAUGUACACCCACGUACAUAUUUUUAAAUGCAGAACUUUAGAUUCACUCCAGGUCUGCUUCUGGAGUCUUCCUCUUGGUGAGAUUCUGGCCCUUGGGGACAUUAAGCUUCCCCGGCCCCACACUUGGCUUAGUUUGUUCUCGCUCGGUUGCUUGUGACGUAAUUCACACUGAGCAUUUCAGAAGAACAUGUACUGAGAUAAAGACUCUUUCAUUUUCUUGUGUCAGUAGAGUAUCCUGCGGACAUGCUUCAUGCUCGCCAUGCUCGAAGGGACACAGCAGCCCAUGCAUGUUACAUGAGUCAUUAGGUAUGCAAAAAAGGGGGGUGAAGAACUGGGAUGAUUGUAAGAAAAGCGAGUGUGCCAUUCGAACUCUGAAAGCAGGCAUAUUUUUGCUAGAUGUGGAUCUCUAUCUUAUGAUAACUUAUCUUGAUUUUCAUGUGGUUCAAAAUCCCUUAAAAAUAGUUACUAAAAGGUAAUAUGUUCUUGACCUCCAAAUUCAAAUUAUUCUAAACUGAGAUUUUUUUCCCAGUGAUUUAUUGUCAGGAUUCUGUCCCUUAAUUAUUUUUAUAUUUUAAUAUAAAUUAUCCAAGCAUAACUUCCUAGCUUCUUUGAUAUAUAAUCUUUCUAUUUUUACAUAAAUUGACAGGGCAUUAAUUGAAAAAUUGAAAAAAAAUAUACAUCAGGUCUAAAGUAAGUGAUUUAUACCUGCAGCUGAGCUCGAGUGCGUUGUGAACUUUCAUUUUCCAAGGAUGAAUUCUUUAGGGGUAUCAGUUUUAAUUUAGCUGUAAAAAUCCAUCCCUUUUUAAAUUCUAACAUCUGGAGUCUCUCUUACCCGCCGACCCCCAACCUCAAUAGACACAUUCCCUGUCUGUCAGCUGUGAGAUUGUUAGAUAUGGGGUUCAUGGUUGGUUAAAAGAGAUGGCAGUUUUCAAACUCUACCCAGUACAGGUAGGAAUAAAGGAACUAGAAGUGAAGCGUCCUCAGAGGGACUGUUGACCCCUGGGACUGCUUUGCCAGUGGCUUCCUGGUCUCCCUUCUCACUGCCCACCCCAAGGGGAGCAAGCCCUUCAUCUCCCUUGUUUCUGCUGUGGCAUCUCUCAGGUGACUUCUAUGUCACAGUCUCUGUCACAAUGGUAAUGAUACCUUAGCAAUAGGAUUCCUUCACAAAGAAGCAACUAGAACUUUCAAAGGGUGGUAAUUGUUUUUUUAUAUAUAUAUAUAAGCAAAACAUUAUUUUUCUUUAUAUUGUUUUCCAUGUUUUGUUUAGAGAUAUUUAUGUUAGAAGAAAAUAUAUAAAAGUUUGUUGAUACAGAGAACAGAGAGCUUAAGACAGCUGGACUGCAUCUAUCUUUUUUUUUUUUUUUUUUUUUAUAGUACUCUGUUAUUUUCAGGUAAAGAAAUGAAACCAAGACUGCAUUAACUCAGUAACAAUGCUUAAGAUAGACUCCACAGUAUAUGUUAUAGGUGAGCAGCUUACUUCCGUUUGUGUAAUUUAAGAUAUAAUAUUUACAUUAUUUAAUGUACUUCUAUUUUUUUGCACUUCCAAGUUUUAGUUGGAAAAGAAAAACCAAACCACAGCCUAAAAAUUAUUUAAAGAUCCACAUAAAAAUAUUUCCUAUUAGCUACAAGUUACCCAUGCAUAAGGCUUUGUAAAUAGUCCGGACAUUUCAUAUUAUCUACAUUUCAAGAGUAAAUUAAUCAAACCCAGGAGAACACAGGGUUACUUAUAAAAUGCAUUAAAAUAAAGACAUUUUAUGCUCAACUGAUGCUAUCAAAGUAGAAUACUGCAGUUCAAUACGUAAGCCAACCAGGAAGAAGGUUUUGUGACCUUUAGUCUUUGAUGGUAGUGUUGUUCACACAGGUUAGCCAUUUUCCAUUUCUACAGUCUGACUGUAUAGGUAGUUCUAACUGCAUAUGCAGCUGAAGGUUGCUCACAGUGCUGAUAGUUGGUAGCUCGUUCUGUGAAAGGUUUGGGGAUUAUAACACUCACAGUUUUGUGAGUUAUAUAUUAUAUACUAAAGAUGACUAAUACAUUGGAGUAAUAUAUUUGUCUAUAGCUGGUAAAUAUGAAAAUUAUUUUCAAACAGUCAGGUGAGAUUGACUUUUUUCUUUAGGUGAGAGAAAAGUCACUUGUAUGUUUAAAUCUCUAUUUGUAAAACAGCUUUCUCCUACUGGUGUUAUUAGUUUUCAUACUAUGGUUUUUCUUACCUUUUUAUACCAAAAGAAUUACAUGCUGGUUAUUCAAACUUGCCAAGAUGUAUUUGAGUUUGCAAGACUUUUGGCAGAUAAAAAUACUUCAUAACAAGCAGACACAAAAGCUUUGUAUAUUUUGUGGCUUUCAGGGCAAGAACUGUACCUUUGAUUUUCUCUCUGUGGGACAGUGCUGACGUGAGCAUUGUCCCUUGACAGUAUUACUUAAAAUGGUUGUAUAAAUCAGUGCCCUUAUUUAUUAUAUUGUGAAAUGUACUCUUUAUACAGAAUGCAUAGUCUAGCUCCUUUCAUUUUUACUGCUGUUGCCUGGAGUGUAAUAGCUCUGUUAAUGGUUGACUUAUAUACUUGAAAUGCUCAUUUCUGUGAAACAGACGCCCAGUGUAUUCCUUCUUUAAAAAAAAAGAAAAAAGAAAAAGAAAAGAAAAAGAAAAAAGAAAAAAAUAUUUUCUCUCCUGUCUUAGGUAACUGAGUUAUAGUUACCCCAGUCAUAGGAACUUUUCUACAAAAUGAUUUUUAUAUCUAAAAAGACACAAAGCAGAAAGGCUGAAGGGGUAAUGCAGUCAAGAACUCCAUUAGGAUAUAUUUUGCCCAAUUUAUGUUAUGUCUUCAAUUUGUAAGUUUUUUCUUAUAGUGGGUUUUUAAUUCUUGUGGUGGGGACAUGUCUGUGAUUGCACUGGCCAAUGUGGCAUUCCAAUUAACGCUGAAUCUUGAAUCCUACCACAAACCUCAUGCCUCUGAUAUCUAGCCCAUGGUUCUCGAGUCUGUGUUCAGAACCCGUUGCCUGGCUUUGGGCUACACUGCAAAUGGAACCCACAGUGGAUAGCCUUUGUUUAUUUCUACCAAGUAAUCAGGAAGUUUAGCUGAGUGUUUCAUUAUUUCAUUUGGAUGCAUUCUUGACUCAAAUUUUAAAAGCCACGACAUUUAAUUGCACAACACACCAUGCAGAAUAAAAACACUUGUUUUCCAAGGAAAGAACAAAAAUCCUACUGAGUGUUGCAGAGCAAAGAAGUCGCUUUAAUCCCUAAAUCCAACUGUUAUUCUUCUGUUUUAUGACAUAAACAGUAGGUGAAUCGUGAGUCAUGCAAAUCCAUUGGGAGAUUAAGAAUUAAUUUGCUUUUAAUAACAGACAGAGCUUUAUGUUUCCCUGUUGUAGAUGCAUUUAUUGAGGAUGGAAAAAAGUGAGAACCGGUUAGAAACAUAGAUAUUGCAGGAACUUGAGGCGGUUUGCCAAGGCCCAGGAACAAAGAGUUUGAAAAAGUCUUUCCCUUUGUAUUACAGAAGAACUGAAAGCACGUAAAAUGUCUAAUGUGGUGAGCGCUUAGAAAGCGCCCCACUGGUCAAGUCUGAAGUCAUAACUAGAAGUUAGCUAAUUAACUCUCCAGAGAGCCCAUUUUACUGCAGAAAGUACUGGUCAAUUAAGGAAGCCAUCGGGGUGGACGAGCUAACCUCUUAGACAUUUAGAACAGCUUCUGCGAAUGUUUAUUCCCAGGGUAGAGCUGUCUGUGCUUUCUCAAUGCAGAGCAGAAAGUAGUGGAUCUUGGUUCAGGAAGUUGGAAGGCUCCUUUAAAGGACAGACUAAAGGUGACUUGGUCCAUAGAUGAACACCAAAGACACUUUGGUGAGUUAGCCGAGCCUUGCAGUGUGUUCCCUGUGAUGUGUUUCCCUUGGAGACAGUGAUUGUUUCUCACUCACCUCCUGGAUCUGACAAGGCUCAUUUGGUCACACCUUGUCGCUGGCCCACCAUGUCCUCUCUACACUAAUGUAUUUUGGUGCCUUGGGACCCCAGCUCUAAGAGUUGGCCCAACACUGCCAGUUAUAGGUAGUCAAAUUGUUUUCUACAAUAAGAAGGGAUGGAUGUUCUCAGUCCUACCUAAAUUUACUCUGUCUUUUCCAGUGACAUUUUAGUUAAAAAGAAAGGCACUCCAGUUAUAACAUGAAAAAGAAAUGUCCAAUCUGGUAACCCUUGACAUUGCAUUUACAAACAAAAGUGGAAGGCAAGUGUCUUAGUGGAAGAGUGUUUAUACUGCAAGUGUGAAACCCUGGUUCACUCCCAACAGUGCAAAAAAACAAACAACAAAAUGGAAGGUGAAGCUGAAUGAGUGACAUCUACCCAGAGUAGGUUAUGGGUCUUUUAAUCUGCAUAUUAGGUUUUCUGUGUUCGUGUUAAAUGGCUAGUUUAUCGAGUUGAAUAUAGCUGCCAGUCAAGGUCCUCACGUAUUCCCUUAGAGAAACUGCCCCAAGAAGAGACACCAUAUUCCAUUUCCUGCUUGCAUUCUCACAUCCCAGAGUACAGAGACACAAAACAUGCUUAGUAGGCUUCCCUGUCCCUUAGCAGUGUGGAUGAGUCUCUAGGACUUUGCCUCAGGAAUGGCUGGUUGAGCACAGUGCAGGGGAACAAAGGGCCGAUCAGGAAGCCCAGUCCUGCUUGCCCCGCCCCCUUUAGCCCCGCCUCUCCCCUCUGUUAACCUUUCUAACCCAGGAAUGCAGAGCAGCUCCAGCCUGGGGGUUUAGUACCUUGGCAGAAUGACAGGGCCCAGGUCAGCUCAUCCAAGAAACAGUGCAGAGUCAACGCUCUGUGAAGCACUGUUGGAUGGCCUCCAGUUUGCAGUGCUUUGGCUUCAGCCUGCCUACAGCCUGUGUUUUGUUGGUUGCUUUUGGUGGUGGUGGUGGUGGUUUAAUCCAUCUCAAUGAUAAUUUUCAGGCCAAUAUUUCAUCCACGUUUCAUGCAAACUCAGUUUUUCUAUUAAUGUCAUAUUCUGUUUUACACACACACACACACACACACACACACACACACACACACACACACACCACUGAAUUUUUCUCUAUUUUUUGUAGUCCCAGAGAAUAUCUAGCACAUAAUAGGACUUUGACAAAUAUUUUUGAAUUUUAUUUUCAUACUGUCACAAAUAAAAACUUAAAAAAACCUUCAAAGUCUUGUGCUUGCAAGGACACAUGCUUUCUGUGCAGACAAACAACAUUAUCAGGCAAAAGCAACUGUUUUGUCAAGGAGCCUCAUAUAAUAAUCACGUUUCUUCACAUCAGAAAUAUCUGUCAGGAAUUCUUGUUUCUGAAAGACGUAAUUUUCAACAUUCCUGACAAAUUAUUGCUUGUAAAUUAUACACUUGCCCUACAGAUUCUGUUCUAUAUACUGACUACUUACAGUCUUCAUAGACAAUAUAUAUACAUAUAUUGAUUAUGAUUAUGAACUUGGAAAAGAAUGAAAAACAGUAAUGAAGGUGAAAUUUUUAGACAGUAUUUGCCCAAGAAGACAGAGAUGAAAUUUGUAUAAUUUUGGGCCAUUUACUGUUAAUAUUAUCUGUGACUAUCAUUACCCUUAUAAAACAUAGUGACUAAAAAUUUGCUAUUACCCAUGGGCCUAUUUUCCUUUUUGACUCUCCAAAGCUAUUCUACCAUGUCCCCAAAUAAUGAUAAAAGUUAUCACAGUGCUCUGUUAGUUAAAUUUCUUGAAUGAACACUAGUCAGUUAAGUAAUUACGUGCCUCUUCUAGGCACUUGGUUGACUUUUCCUACUUCUUUGUAACCAUGGCACUCACUUAGAUGCUGAGGAUACAGGUAAAAUAAGCCAGAACUCUUGUCUGUAGGUUUUCAAUUGAUCUCUCUAAAGUCUGUUUAAAAAAUUAGGAGGGCUUUUAAACAAACACAGUCAGUUUCUUCUCUGGGGUUAUUUUGGCCAUGUCUCCUUCCACCCCAACACUCUCCAAAACUAACCAAAUCCGAGUCACCACAAAGCAACCCGGUUUUCAUUUCCACAACUCGUAUUUAUUUUCCUGUCGGCCACAAUUCUGGCCAUUGCUGAUCAAGAGUGGGCCUCACUAGCCCUGGGCUCUGCUGCUUCUGCUGCUAGAGGGGCUGCCCUGAACACAAGGGUCCGGUUUGUAGAACAGGAAGAAAUCUCAAGUUUAUUUGGGAAAGGCACAAACUCAUGGCAUUGUCAGCAAAAUACAUGAGGUAACAUUGCAGACCCACAGGAGAGGAUGGAGGUCACACGGUGACGCUUUGUGGGAGGUCAGACGGCUCCACUUGAAGUUGGUUGAAGUGGGUUGGUGUUACCUUAGGGAUCUUGAUGGAGGUAGGAAGUCAUGGCCUCUGAUGGGGAGCACAGCUGUUAUCUCAGCGUUAGUAAUAUGCGAGUCUGAAUCCCACAAGGCUCUGAUAUGUAGAUUAACCACAGCAAACAUUUGUGUUAUGAUACUGACUUCUGAAUAUUUAUUGACAGAUAGGCUAUAGGUUUCCUUUAUUGAGAAUGAAGAAAUAAACUGUCUUUAUCUUUCCUGUCAGUAAGGUUGGGGGAGGGGGCUCUUGCUGGUUUGUAUUUUCACAUUUCAAUAAGCAUAUUUUUGAAAUCACUAUUUCCCAUCAUAUAAAAUAUCAUAUAAAAUAAGGGACACAUUUCUGGGUCCCUUAGCAAAAGAAAGGUCUCAACUUGAUAGCUUUUAUGCUUAGCUCAACUUUGUAAAUGUUCCACAAAAGAAGUGGGCAGGGAAGGCUGGGCGUUGUGCCCUUCUGCCCAGCACGUUCAUUAUGCUUUUCAAUAAAAAUAGAACUUAUUUCCCGCCUGUUACCAUCAUGGUAAAAACCUAACAAUGUAGUUCCUUCUCUUUAUUAUAUUUCAAAAGAUAGUUUUAAUUUAGUCUUGCCAUAUUUAUAUAGCUAAGAAUUUACUACAUUUUGGUAGUCUGUUUUGAAACUAAAUACUUGUAUCUGAAAGACGCAGAUAAAGUCUGCCUAUUUCUUACACAGUGGGCUCUGUUUGCUACAGAAAAGAGUGAAACUUUUUCCCAGCUUAGCACAUUUGCCAUUGAAAUGGACCUGACAGAGCAGAGGUUCUAACUUUGGCUCCAAUUACUUUUAAUAAUGAUAAGACGUGAGUUCUGUUUGUUUACAUGCUGUUUACAAUGGCAUACUUUUUAAAAGUCUAUAUAAGAACUGAGAUAUUUAUUGCAUACUAUUUUAAAGAUGUUUUAAUGUGUUUUCACCUUUGGAAUAUAUUGUUAUAUUUCCUUGUACAGAUAAUUUGGGUGGCUUUGUUAAUGUAGCUAAUAAUUUUUAUGACUACUAAGUGACCAGUUUCGGUGCCUUCGCUUGUGGGAUGCAUGACUCUGUAUUUAUUGUAAGGAAGUCACUGAUGUGUGUAUUUUUGUACUGAGAGUAAUGGUUGAUGUCCAUGAUAAUGAGAGACGUCUUUCCCAAGGGGCACUGCCUUCAGAUUGACCUUCUCAAAUAAAAAGACUGCAUUGGAAGGUGUGAGGUCUGCUCUUUCUGGAGGGAAGCCUCCCACACACACCCUUCUUGAAGUCUAGAUAGUAUCCGAGCCAGGAUGCUGGUGCUGAUAUGGUCAAGUUACUCAACAGUUGAGUCACCCACAACAAGGCUCCUCUUGAUGCCCAUUUACGAACACAGCUACUCCCACUGUGCCUUCAACUUCUUCUCAACUCCAGGCAACUGAUAACCUGUCUCUAUUGCGAAACUUUCAUUAGGUCAAGUAU